ACAGUGUUAAUGGGAAAUAGCACAUGGGUGACAGAAUUCAUACUCACUGGGUUGACAGAGGACCCACACUUGCAGCUGAUCCUUUUUGUGAUAUUUUUUGCUGUUUAUGCCAUCACCUUGAUGGGAAAUGUGGGCAUGAUUAUCUUAAUCAGAACCAGUCCUCAACUCCACACACCAAUGUACUUUUUCCUUACCAGCUUAUCUUUUCUGGAUACCUGUUAUUCAACAACGGUGACCCCAAAGUUGUUAUCCAAUUUUUUGAAAGAGAAGAAGUCAAUUUCUUUUGCAAGUUGCUUUACACAGCUUUACUUUUAUGGUGUAUUUGCCACCACAGAGUGCUACCUCUUAGCUAUGAUGGCCUAUGAUCGCUAUGUGGCAAUCUGCAAUCCACUACUCUACUUAAUCAUAAUGUCGCAAAGAAAGUGCAUUCGGCUGAUAGCAAUUUCCUAUAUUGCUGGGAUCAUUAAUGCUUCUAUACACAUAAUCGCUAUGUCUAAACUAUCAUUCUGUGGCCCUAACAUUAUUAAGAAUUUUUAUUGUGAGGGUCCUCCCCUUCUUGCUCUUUCCUGCUCAGAUGUCAGUCUUAACGAUCUGCUGUUAUUUGUAUUUGUAGGACUCAAUAUAACAAUAACAAGCCUGACUGUUCUCACUUCCUACACUUAUAUCCUGAUCACCAUUUUAAAGAUCCGUUCUGCCACGAGCCGUAGAAAAGCUUUCUCCACUUGUACAUCUCAUCUUAUAGUUAUCACCAUUUUCUAUGGCUGCAGUAGCUUUAUGUAUGCACGGCCAAGCUCUAGGAAGAAUUAUAACCUAGAUCAAAUGGCCUCAGUGUUCUAUGUAGUGGUGACCCCCAUGCUCAACCCAUUAAUCUACAGCAUGAGGAAUCAAGAGGUAAGGGGUGCCUUCAGAAAUAUCCUAGGAAGAAAGUGUCAUUUUCAAUACUUUUAA